CGAGACGUGCAUGGGCCGUGGGGGAGCAAGCAGGUGCCAGCCCUUUAAGAUUCACGCAAUUCCGAAGUCUCAACAACCGGACUGAGGAGACGCGCCACGAUUGGUCUGUUUGGGUGUGAGCGUCGCUUAGCAGCAGCGAAUGAGAAUUCAAGUCGUGCGCACGCGUACCGCAUCCUACCUCCUGCAGCCCGGCCUCCGGUGACCUGCACCCGGCCGGGUGGGCUGUGGUGGCCGAGGCGGAGAUCGGCCGCGGGGCGAGGUGUCCUCAUGACUUCUCUGGCGGACCAUGCCCAUGAUCGUUUUUGCCAGCAUAGUACGGGUGAGGGAUGGGCUGCCCCUCUCAGCCUCCACUGACUUCUACUACGCCCAGGAGUUUCUGGAAUGCAGGAGGCAGCUCAAGGCCUUAGCCCAGAGGCUGGCUCAGCAUCCAGGCCGAGGUUCUGCAGAAAGCCGUGACUUCCAUAUCUAUUUCUCAUCAUCGGGGGACGUGGCCUGUAUGGCCAUCUGCUCACGCCAGUGCCCGGCAGCCAUGGCCUUCUGCUUCCUGGAGACUCUGUGGUGGGACUUCAUAGCUUCCUAUGAUGCCACAUGCAUUGGCUUGGCCUCCCGGCCCUACACUUUUCUUGAGUUUGACAGUGUCAUUCAGAAAACAAAGUGGCAUUUUAACCACAUGAGCUCCUCCCAGAUGAAGAGUGGCUUCGAAAAGAUUCAGGAGGAGCUUGAGCUCCAACCUCCAGCACUUCUGUCCCUGGAGGGCACAGACGUGGCCAAUGGGGGCGUGCUGAAUGGCCACACCCCGGUGCACGCUGAGUCUGCCCUGAAUCUGCGGAUGGAACCGGUGACGGCGCUGGGCGUUCUCUCCCUCGUGCUCAACAUCAUGUGCGCUGCCCUGAACCUCAUCCGCGGAGUUCACCUCGCAGAACACUCCUUACAGAUCGCCCAGGAGGAAGUUGGGAACAUCCUGGCCUUCUUUGUCCCUUCUGUGGCCUGCAUUGUCCAGUGUUACCUGUACCUGUUCUAUAGUUCAGCCAGGACUCUGAAGGUGGUGCUGAUGCUGGCCUUCAUCUGCCUGGGCAACGUGUACCUGCACGGGUUGAGGAACACCUGGCAAAUCCUCUUCCACAUAGGAGUGGCUCUUCUGUCUUCAUAUCAGACCCUAACCAGACAGCUGCAGGAGAGGCAGUCUGACUACGGAGUGUGAGGACAGCAUCAUGCAGUGAAUGGAGCCUUUGACUUCCCCUCCCCAUCCCCGGAAGGCCAGUCUGUUUCUGCUCCUGCUUCUCAACUUCACCUCAGAUCUCCAUCCAUGAAGCUCCCGAGAUCACAGGUUCUGGCAGGUGUCAUGGAGGGCGCAGGACAGGCAGCCGAAGCCAGAGCUUGCCGGGAGAGCAUCUCUGCUGGUCAGAGUGAUCAUGUGUUGGUCUCGUACCUAAAGCGAUGCUGCACACCGCUAGAUUCCGUGAUGGUAGCUUUGGUCGUUGGCCUGCCAGGAAACGGUCUGCAAGGAGACUCUUUAAAGUUGAAACCAGUUUGUGGUUCCAGUGAAACCUCGGUCAGUUUUCCCUAGAGUGUCAGGGUAAAUUAAAAGCUUGAAAAUACGGCUCAUAAAUGUAAGCUAGAUAAAUUUUGUUUACAUUUUUGAUAACUUGGGUUCGAUAUACUUUUGGAAUAUUUAAAUAUAUUUUGGAUAUAAAUUGAAGCUCAUUUAGAAUGAAGGCAAACUUAGGCUAAAGAAAUGCUAAGUAAAUCCGAGUUUAUUUAAUUUACAGAGACCGUUUAUGGUGGUGGGACUCUGUGGAUACGAAUGUUGUCUAUAUCUCUUUGCAGGGUCUAUCUGAAGAUCGUUAAAUUAAUAACCAAUAUUACUGGGUCAUAAGCACAUGGACAUGAGUAGAUGUGAGAGCCCCCGGGUCCUUUCCAUGGGGCAGAGAGGAGUGGAAAUGCUGGGGUUCAGCGGUGCUUGGCAGAAUUGGGGAGAGGCUUCAGUCAUCUUUGGGUGGCAGCCCAGUGCCUGUUAAGGUAGCAUUGCUGGAGGCGUGGUCCUGCGUGCCUCCUGGAGAGGCUGCGCUUGAGUGUCUCGGUUAGACCGAGGGCCCUGUUGUUUUGUGGGCAGGCAUUGAGUGGGUGUUAGCGUUGCAAAGCUUCGUGUGACUGACACUCGUGGUGCAAAGCUGCUAAGGUGUGCUUCUGAAUAAGAGCCCCCUGCAUCUCCAGUGUGGGUAUCUGGUGGCACUCAAGAAGCCAUGUUGGGGUUCACCCCUCUGGCUCGUUCUUGGAGUAGUGCCCCCACAACUGUGUGGGUUGAGCCAUAUGGCUCCGUAAGUGAUCAGUCCUAUUUUGAUCGUUUCUGAAGGAGAAAGCCAUCCCCAAAGUUACUGAGUAGCGGGGAAGACAGGUGUGUGGGGUAAAGAGUUCUCUUGCUUGGCUGUCGCUGGUACUGCACUUUGGCCAGCCACCAGGUGUCUGUGACCCAGAACUGGGUUGGGAAAGCAUUGCCGUCUGACUUUGUUUCCUUAGAGGAGAAUUUUCUAUUUUUAAUCAAAUCUACAAUGUCUGGGUAUAAAUGUCAUAUUGGCAACAUCCUUGGAUGUGAACGUGAGCCUUGUGUCUUUGUUGAUCUCACACUGUGUAAUUCUGUAUAUUUUGCAUAAGCAAAUGUUCAUUCUUCCUGAGAGAGAAGUGGCCAUAGAGGAGGCCAGAGGGAAGAGAAAAUUCUUUUAAUUCGAAGCAUACACUCAAAACAUUUUUUAAGUUAAAAAAAAUCAGCCUAAAAAUACACUUUUUCCUUGUAAGCCUCUGUGUUGCCCCUGUCUGGAGACCCCACACACUCUAGGGGUUGAGCCUGUGGUCAUCAGUCAACGAGCAGUGACUUGUGAGUGAGCGGUCCUGAGGGUGAGCCCUUGCCAGAGACACUUCAUAACCCUUAGAUGCUAGCGAGGGUGUUGUCCACACUUGGUUGACAGGGUUCCAGACUGUCAUAAAUGGAAGGAAAAGGUGCUUCAAGGGAAACAGAAAACAGAGAACCUUUAUCCGGAAUACAGCCAAGCAGGCUCACCUCCUUAGAAGAGGGUGGUGACGGGAAAUAAAUUUCCAGGAAACCCUGGGUUUUGGGGUAACUUGGUUCAGGCCUGGAUGUUGGUAUCCCCCGUGGGAUCUUUGAUGCCCAGAACCUGGUUCCAAGGCAGGAGUGCUCCUCUAGCAUCUUUAGAUGAGUAGCUAGGUACUGCUGCCCAGCUGGCUCACAUAACACGGCGUUGAGACGGCCUCCAGGUGCUUUUCUGUCCAGAUGCUCACAGACUGCGGACGGACUUCUGCAGGUGCCGUUGUCUGCUGGUACCGGGUGGGAGUGACCCGGCACUCAGGCAGAAAGCAUAUGAUUCUGGUGACUUGCCCCUCAGUGAGCCUUAUCUUGGCGGGAACUGUACCUGACUUCCCUUUUUCUGGGUGGAAAGAGCUGGACUAUCUCAGUCACGGACACCUCACUGACCCCAUGGCUGUGGUUCUUGCUGACCGUGAACCCUGUUGACAUGCAUUGUGGGCUUUUUCUUCGAGCCCCUUUCUUCCCUGGCCACUGUGUAUCCCUCUCCUCUGCCUGUUUCCACUCUGCCUCCUACAUCCCUGCCUCCAGAGAGAGAUGUAGGCUAGAGUCUAGAGAGACAGGCACCAUGAUGGAGAGGGAACCGACUUUGAAGCCUGACCCUCUGCCCCACCUCGGCUCAGCGCUCAGGAGAACGAGCACUUUGAUGGUCAUCUCCUGUCAUCUCCGCUGGGAGCUAGAGCAGUAGCCGGCAGACCCAGGGAGGUGACCAGAGCCUAGGAAACGGCAUCAGGGCGGAACUUGCGUUCACACCUGGGUUGCUCCUUGAAGGAAAUGCCUGCCCACUGUGACACCAUCACAGCCACCUUCCAGUCUCUUCUGUAUGCUUGACAAUGAAUAACAUGUGAAAGAGGCGGGGCAUGUCCAGGAAUGCAUACAUGAGAGAGGCGGGGCAUGUCCAGGCAUGUGCACAUGAGAGAGGUGGGGCAUGUCCAGGCAUGUGCACAUGAGAGAGGCGGGGCAUAUCCAGGCGUGUACACAUGAGAGAGGCGGGGCAUGUCCAGGAGUGCAUACAUGAGAGAGGCGGGGCAUGUCCAGGAGUGCAUACAUGAGAGAGGCGGGGCAUGUCCAGGCGUGUACACAUGAGAGAGGCGGGGCAUGUCCAGGCAUGUGCACAUGAGAGAGGCGGGGCAUGUCCAGGUGUGUACACAUGAGCGAGGCGGGGCAUGUCCAGGUGUGUACACAUGAGAGAGACACGGCAUGGUCAGGAGUGCACACUGCUGUUAGCCAUGUCCAGCAAACCCUUGCUGAGCUACUCCUCAUGCCUGGAUGUCUUCUUUGGGUCUGGGGUCAUCCUGCCUGUGUGCUGUGAGAGCCAAGAAUGGGGUGGAAGAAACCGGGUGUGCCCUCGAGAGACGAGGCAGGGUCAGCCAACCCAGUGGCCUGGGGGUCAGCUUUGUUCUUUGACUCAGUGGAAGUCCCUGCCUGCCGUCCUCAGCAUCUCCCUGCGAGAGGACAGGAGCACCAGCUCGCAGUCCCUGUAUGGUCCUGUGAGGAUUGCAGGUGGCCACGGGGAGAGGGCCGCAAGGUCGCUGGGAGUGUGCAACAGGCCACAGACCUCACCUGUGCUCAGGUGGCAUUUCAUGCUGCUGCCGUCUAACUGGCUCCUCUCUUCCCCUGGACCCGCCUCUUCGUCCUGGGCACGGACAGCCAUUAUCUCUAGACCUGCUCUAGGAUCCCAGGAAUCUAGUCGUAGAUUGGGUCAGAGUUCAGUGUUCAUCCCCAGUCAACAAGGAGGGCCCCCCGCAAUCUCUCCCCCACUCUCGUGUUGCUGGGGAGACGUCAGCAGGGCAGCUGUGGAGGGGGCUGGUAAUAGUGGGCGAGGGAAAUGCUCACCCAUGGGAUGUGAUGGGCAGGGCUGUGGCCCACAAUUGCCUUAAAUUAACCUCAUUCUUCUUUCUCUUUGAUCCAUGUCUGCUGCAUUAUGUGUGACCUUUAACCCUUAUAUUGAUAUGAUUCUUAGAUUGCUUCAGAAACAUUACCUAAUGAAAACUUUGUACGACACAGCCCCUAGGAUUUGAUUUGGCUUAGUGGGUUUUUCUAAGAACAUAAAAGAAUUUGCUAAUUUAGGCCAAACCAUUUAUUCCACACACUCACCCCCAAGGUCUGCUGCCCAUAUUGUAAGCUACUUCUCAGUUGAUAACAAAGAUCUAUUUUGGGUACCCGAUGGGCACAUUUUAACUUUCACAUACUCAUAAACUGAAACCUGUGAUGACAUACUGAUCUUGUACAGCUGUUUGUAUACCGUGUAAAAUGACAUGAGGUGGCUUCAGAAGUGUGUGGAGAAUAAA